GGCAAGUUUGUUCUUGCCUUAAGGAUUUACAUUUACAGCACCAGAAAAUCAUGCGUGGAUUAUUUUGCGCCGUCGAUUUAGCAUACCAUAAAAAAUGAUUUCUAAAAAACCUUCCCCUAAUAUCAAAACGCCAAAUCCCACUUUUUCUCUCUCUAAAUGUCGCUCUCUUUCGCUCUCUAGACUUAUUUUUUUGCUCUUUCUCUAUCUCUGACUCAGUGUAACAAAGUCACUCUCUUCCACUCAACAGAGAAAAAGAAAAAACCAUGCUGUCCCCAACCCCACUCUCUCUUUUGUGUGCUUUACUCCUCUGCUUGCCUUUAGCCGUUAUUAUUACUAUCACUUCUCCGACAACCACCACAACCACCACUGUCUCCGACGGUUCCCAACCCAACCCAGUUCCAGAUUCAGUCCCUGCAGCCAAAACCCACCAAAGAUUCUCCUUUAAACCACCGUCUUUACUACUAGAAGAUGACAAGUCACUCCUCCGAGUCGCUUCCCGAGUUAACUCCAAAACCCCUCCUGGUUCUCCUAAAAAGAUUGCAUUUUUAUUCCUUACUGUAACGCCUCUUCCUUUGGCUCCCCUUUGGGAGCUUUAUUUCAACCAAACCCCUAAAAACCUCUUCAAUAUUUAUGUCCAUGCCGACCCGACUUACCCUUAUGAAUCGCCGUUUUCAGGCGUGUUCGCUCACCGAGUCAUCCCUUCAAAACCCGCUCUCCGAUUCACCCCUACUCUCAUCUCUGCGGCGCGGCGGUUGUUGGCUCACGCGCUGCUUCAUGAUCGCUCAAAUUACAUGUUUGCCCUUUUGUCUGCUUCUUGUAUACCCAUUCAUUCUUUUAACUUCACUUACAAAACCCUAACUCGGUCCAAAAAAAGUUUCAUCGAGAUUCUGAACAACGAGAUUGGGAGUUACGACAGGUGGGCAGCGCGUGGACCGGAUGCGAUGUUACCGGAAGUUAAGUUGGAAGAUUUUAGGAUUGGGUCCCAGUUUUGGUGCCUGACACGUAAGCACGCGAGGCUUGUUGUUGGUGACCAGUUGAUUUGGGCAAAGUUCAAUCAACCGUGCGUGGUUUGGGACACUUGUUACCCGGAAGAAAAUUACUUUCCUACCCUCGUGCACAUGCGAGAUCAACGUGGCAUUGUGCCAGCCACUCUGACUCACGUGGACUGGAAUGGCAGCUUCGACGGUCACCCGCGCAAGUACACGGCGUCGGAGGUGGGGCGCCAGUUGAUCGUGCAGCUAAGAAAGAAUAAGCCUAGAUAUGGUGACGAUGGAACCAACGACUCCGAUUGUUCCGUGACGCAACGGCGUGACCCGUUCUUGUUCGCUCGAAAGUUCUCCCCGGAUUCAAUCCAGCCGUUGUUAAGUAUAGCAAGUGAUGUCAUAUUCAACGAUUGAUGGGAUUUUUGUGUGUGCGGUCGUAUCGUGUGAAUGGGCUUGUUGUAAAUUUUCUUUUUUCUUUUUACAGUCAAACAUAUUAAAAGGGAAAGCUGGGAAAGAACCCAGUGAUUUUGUUUGUAUCAAUGUCUGCCUUUU